UGACACCCAGCGCCGCUGCGGGUUACAUCAAAAAUACUGUAUAUAUAACUGCGUUUGGUUACAUGCAUACAUACUAUGAAUGAGCGAGAAGACGAUAUUGUAGCGCAGAUAAUUGUUUCAGCUGUCAUUUAACAAGCAUGUCUUCAGCUGAGAGUCUGAGAGAGUUGGUCAACGAGCGACUAACCGCUGCUGCUGAAGAAAUAUUCAGAGCUGUUAACAAAACUAUCGUCGAGUACGAGGAAGAGAUCAAGCGUCAGCACAUACUGUUGGACAUCAUUUGGAAACCUGAAAUAAAGAUAGAGAGGAUAGAGCUCCCACAGCAACAUGCCUUUAAGGAGGAGGAGGAGGGUCUCACUGACCUGCAGCUGUGUGUUCAGGAGAGGAGCUCCAGUCUGGACCAAGAGGGCCCAGAGCCUCCACAGGUUAAAGAGGAACAGGAGGGAGGGCAGCUUGUACUGAAGCACAAGACUGAUGACCUAAAGUUGGCUCAUACAUAUGAGGAAAGGGACCACAGUGACGAUGAGAAUCUGAACUUCAGUACUGAUGACACAAGUUCAGAAGAGAAAGAUUCUGUCUUCAACAUGCCAGUUAUAAUCUCUGUGGUAUCAGAAGCAAACAGUGACCACCAGUUCCUCUCUCACAACGCUCAUGAAGCUGAGGGCCACACUCAGAAAGGAGGCAAGGAUAAAGAUGCAGGAUUAGUUAGGAGUGCGAAGCCAAAAUCGAAGAAGAGACACUCCAAAACCAAAAGUCACAGUAACAACGUAGACAGCCGUAAUUCGUCAGAGAUCCACCGUAAUACUCCCACAGCUAAAAAGCCUUUAAAAUGUGACACAUGUGGAAAAGACUUUAAGUACAAUUCAAUAUUGCAGAGGCACCUCAAAACCCACACAGGCAAGAAGAAGUACACUUGCAGAACAGAGGAAGAGCCUGUCCUCAACAUGCCGGAUACAACAUCUGUGGUAUCAGAAGCAGACAGUGACCACCAGCUCCUCUCUUACAACUCUGAUGAAGCUGAGAGCCAAACUCAGGAAGGAGGAGAGCAUGGAGACGCAGGAUCAAUCAGGAGUGCGGAGACAAAACUAAAGAAGAGACGCCACAAAAGCAAAAGUGACAGUAAUGAAAAACCCUUCAAAUGUGACACGUGCAGGAAAGAUUUUAAGCUCAAUUCACGACUGCAGAAACACCUCAGAACCCACACAGGUGAGAAGCAGCAUGCUUGCAAGACCUGUGGAAAAGAUUUCAUAACAAAUAGUGCCCUGAAGGUCCACACUCAGAGGGUCCACUCAGGUGAGAAGCCGUAUGUUUGCAAAACGUGUGGAAAAGAUUUCACAACAAACGGUGCCUUGUCGGUCCACAUUAAAAGAAUCCACACAGGUGAGAGGCAGUGCCUUUGCAAGACCUGUGGGAAAAAAUUCUGGGAUGUUUCAACAUUGACAGUCCACAUGAGAAGCCACACCGGUGAGAAGCCGUUCUCUUGCAAAAUAUGUGGGAAAGAUUUCACAGUACGUUCUGCUUUGUCAUCCCACAUGAAAAGAAUCCACGCAGGUGAGAAGCCGCACGUUUGCAAGACCUGCGAGAAAAGCUUCUUUGCCCUUACAGGCUUGAAAAAGCACAUGAUGAUCCACACUGGUGAGAAGCCGUAUACGUGCAAAACAUGUGGGAAAAGUUUCAGACUUAGUGGUGACCUGAAAAUCCACGCAAGUACCCACACAGGUGUGAAGCCGUACCCUUGCAAGACCUGCGGGACCUCCUUCUCACGCAUUUCAGCGUUGAAAAACCACGAAAGGAUCCACACUGGUGAGAAGCCGUUUACUUGCAAAGAUUGUGGGAAAUGUUUCAGACGUAGCACUCACUUGACAGCCCACAUGAGAAUCCACACAGGUGAGAAGCCAUAUUCUUGCAAAACAUGUGGACAAGAUUUCGCGUGUUUGGAAACCUUGUUGGUCCACAUGAGGACCCACACAGGUGAGAAGCCGUACGUUUGCAAGACCUGCGGGAAAACAUUCACCCACCAUACAAACUUUAACAUGCAUAUGAAAACCCACACUGGUGAGAGACCGCAUACUUGCAAAAACUGUGGAAAAGGUUUCAUAACUAGUGGUGACAUGAGAAUCCAUAUGAUACGAGCCCACACUGAUAGGAGGCCGUACGCUUGCACAACAUGUGGCAGCGCUUUCAAAUGUUAUCAUGACCUUAGAGUCCACGUGAAAAUCCACACAGGCGUGAAGUCGUGCGUUUGCAAGACCUGCGGGAAAGGAUUCUUGGACAAUGCAAGAUUGAAAAGCCACAUGAGAAUCCACAGUGGUGAGAGACCAUAUAAGUGCAAAAUGUGUGUCAAAGAUUUCAGACAUCUUAAUUCCCUGAAAAAACACAUGAAAAGCCACGCUGGUGAGUAGACGUACCCGUCAAGAUCUGCAGAAAAACAUUCUUGUUUUGUCUCGUACGGCAAAGCAUAUAAGAUGACAUACAAACCAGUAGCCCUGUGUUGGCAAAAUAUGUGUGAGACAGGUCAGUUGUGUCACUUCAUGGUCAAAACCUACAAGAACUGACAGAUGUGAGGAGCCACAUAAUCGCAGCACUUGAGGCAAAAGUUUUUCUUAAAUCACAUUCUUGAAAAGGUGAAAGGUUCCCUUCACGUGACUGUACUACCUAGCAAACAGUUGUUACCUUCGAAAUUAAUGAGUGCACAGUAGUUGCUUUUAAAGUGAUGGUGGGGUCAUGACUCAUGAUUGUGUUCAGUUUUGUCAAAUAUCCGUUAAUGAAGUAUGUCAGACUCACUUUUAGUUUAAACUAUAACAAGGACUUAAGUCCACGUACCUCGAGUUGUUUUGAUCGUUCUAUAUGAAGCCCUCCGCAUGUUUGCAAAAAGGGAAAUGUUAAUGUGCCUCCUUUUUGCUGUUUUCAUACACUACGCCAUUUAUAUGCUAGCCAAAUUGUUGGCAUUUUUCCUCCAUAGAUUACAAAUGGUUAAUUGAUUGUUGAGUUAGUUCAUGGUUAAUGCCAAUUAAUUGUAGAGAAUAAAAUGCCAGCAAGUGUAAAUGGAACAAACCCUACCUCAUGUGGGAUCUUGUUUGUGUUCAGUUUUGCCAAAUGUCCGUUAAUUAAGUACGUUAGAAUCACUUUUAGUUCGAAGUUUAACAAGGACUUCAAAUCCAUGUACCUCAAGUUGUUUUGAUUGUUCUGUAUCAGUGGUUCCCAGCUGGUGGGUGAUGCUCAAUAUAUUUAACUGUGUGGACCUUGAACUAGUGACUAAGGAGAAAUCUGGACCCCGUGGCUGGACCAGUUGGGAUAGUUUACCAUAUAUUAAAUUAAGCUCUAUUAAAUGUUAAUGUGCCGCCUUUUUGCUGUUUUCAUACACUAUGUCACUUAUAUGUCUUGCAAAAUGUUUGGCAUU